AUGCCCAAAUGGGUCUUCAACUGCAACACCGGCGUCUUCACCACCGCCGAAAAGAAACAAAUCGCCGAGGGCAUGACCAAGCUCUACACCAGCGUCGGUCUACCCGGAUUCUACUGCCACACGCACUUCAUCGAGCUCAACCCCGAAAACAUGUACGCCGGCGGCGAGACGCCCAAGGCCUUGACGACCAUCUCCAUCUACCACAUUGCGCGCGGCUUCGAUACCCCGCAGGUCGAGGCUUUCUUCUUCAAAGCUCUGGAUGAUAUACUGAGGCCCAUCUUGAAGCCAAAAGGGAUCGAAUGGGAGUCUGGGAUUUAUGAGGCGAGGAGGGAGUUGUGGAGGAUUAAUGGGCUUGUGCCGCCUGAGACGGGGUCGGAGAUGGAGAGGAAGUGGGCUAAGGAGAACCGGGUUACGGAUGAGGAAGAUUUGUUGAAAGUUCAGAAGCUUUCUAGAUUCACAAUAGAGAAGACCACUGGCGUGUUUGGCAGGAUCUCGGUCGUUGCAAUGGACACGAGAUUCGAGCUCGUUAUGCUCGCCGGUGAGGCUGGUGAACUUGACGGAGAGCUGGAAGGCGUAACAGAAGGGGAGGAUGAUGCAGGAGAUGAGGGUGCCGGAGAGGUGGUUGAGGCAGUCGCUGACGAGCUUGACGACGAGCUAGGUGUGGAUAGGGAUGUCAAGGAAGUUGGCGAAGAGACCGGAAUAAGCGGGGCGAAUGAAGAGAAGCUCGAUGUCGUCGUGGACCGGGAGCUUGAAGGGGCAGUCGUGGACGAGCUUGAUACACUCGAACUAGAGAUGGCGGGAGUCACCGAUGGCGGCAGCGAUAAAAUGCUUGUCAAGGUGGUUGAAGGCAAGGUGAUGACCGUGGUGGAGCUAGACGGCAGUACUGGGGGCAAAGUCACGGGUGUGCUCGUUGUGCUCGUGCUUGGGCUAGGUUCCGGGGUGAAGGUGGUCGAAGCAAUCCUGGAUGUGUUUGUGAAGGGGAAAGGCACCGUAAGAGAAGUUGACGUUGAGGACGUUGAAGACCUUGUUGAACUACUUGAUGAGCUUGUAGAACUUGAGGAGCUUGUGGUUGAAAGAGGCGAGGUUGAUGGGACCGCAGCGCUGGAGCUGGAGCUGCUCGUAGUGCUUGAGCUUGUCGUACUGCUAGACGAGGAUGAUGACGAUGAUGGACUCAUAGAGGUCGAUGUGCUAGAAGGGCUGGAGCUGCUUGAACUACUGCUACUCGUUGCAGACGACGUAGGAGGGGGGGUGAUGGACGAACUCGACGAGGAUGUUGACGAGCUUGUCGUGCUCGAAGACCUCGAAGAACUAGAAGAUGUCGUGGAACUGCUAGAGCUUGAACUGGAUGUAGUUGAAGAGAUCGUCGAGUUGGAAUAUGUACUCGUUCUGGAGCUGCUGGGGCUUGAAGAAGGGGAUGAGGUGAUCGACGAAGUAGAAGACGAGCUUGUGCUGGUUGAAGUUGUCGAGGAACGCGUAGAUGAUGAUGAUGAUGACGACGAGCGGGAGGAAGAAGAUGAGGAGGAGGAGGAGCUCGUGGACGAGCUACUCGAUGACGAAGUCGUACUUGUGGCCGUUGAUGACCUGCUGGAGGACGUUGAGGUACUGGAUGUCGUGCUAGUGGUCGAAUUCCCACUUGACGACAACGACGACGAACUAGAAGAGGAGCUGAAGGAGCUGGUGGUAGUCGUUGUACUUGAGGUCGACGAUGAACUUGAAGUAGUAGAGGUCGAGGACGAACUCGAAGAUGAGACCCCGAGAGCCCUCACUGCAAACACCUCGUAG